AUGAAACGAGGAAGGAAAACUACUGAGGCCAAUAGCAGUUCAUCUGAAGAGACAACCGGGAAAGAAUCCAAGAGACACAAGGUUGUAGAUGAGAAAACCAUAGCUGUGCAGAGUCCUGACUGGGCGAACCUGCUUCAAGACAUUAUCCUGCAGGUGUUUCAGUACUUGCCCCUUCUGGAUCGUGCUCAUGCAUCACAGGUCUGCCGAAGCUGGAACCAAGUGUUUCAUAUGCCUGAUCUCUGGAGGUGUUUUGAGUUUGAACUGAAUCAACCGGCUACGUCUUACUUAAGGGCUACGCAUCCGGAACUAAUCAAGCAAAUAAUAAAGAGGCAUUCCAAUCACCUGCAGUAUGUAAGCUUCAAGGUGGACAGUAGCAAGGAAUCUGCAGAAGCAGCUUGUGAUAUUUUAUCACAGCUUGUGAAUUGCUCUCUGAAAACCCUUGGGCUAAUUUCAACUGCCCGGCCGAGCUUCAUGGAUUUACCAAAGUCUCACUUUAUUUCUGCACUGACAGUGGUGUUUGUAAACUCCAAAUCCCUCUCUUCACUUAAGAUUGACGAUACACCAGUAGAUGAUCCAUCUCUCAAAGUGCUCGUGGCUAACAACAGUGACACGCUCAAACUGUUGAAAAUGAGCAGUUGUCCUCAUGUUUCUCCAGCUGGCAUCCUUUGCGUGGCUGACCAGUGUCACGGUUUACGUGAGUUGGCGCUGAACUACCACCUGCUGAGUGAUGAGCUUCUGCUUGCUUUGUCUUCUGAAAAACAUGUCAGGUUAGAACACUUGCGCAUUGAUGUUGUCAGUGAGAAUCCUGGACAGACUCAGUUCCACACGAUUCAGAAGAGCAGCUGGGACGCUUUCAUCAAGCAUUCUCCUAAAGUAAAUUUAGUAAUGUACUUUUUCUUGUACGAAGAAGAGUUUGACCCGUUCUUUCGUUACGAAAUACCUGUCACUCACCUUUACUUUGGAAGAUCGGUGAGCAAAGACGUACUCGGCCGCGUUGGGAUGACGUGUCCUCGGCUCGUUGAACUGGUGGUGUGCGCCAAUGGAUUACGGCCACUGGAUGAGGAGCUGAUCCGUAUUGCAGAACGCUGCAAGUACCUGUCAGCUGUUGGCCUAGGAGAGUGCGAAGUCUCUUGCAGUGCCUUCGUUGAGUUUGUGAAGAUGUGUGGCGGUCGUCUCUCUCAGCUUUCUAUUAUGGAGGAAGUUUUGAUUCCUGAUCAGAAAUACAGCUUGGAGCAGAUUCACUGGGAAGUUUCAAAGCAUCUCGGUAGAGUCUGGUUCCCUGACAUGAUGCCCACAUGGUAA